AGUGGCGAGCAGCGGCCCCCAGGAAGCAGAGAUCACAGCCAGCACAGAGCACGCGCGCGCGCGAGAGAGGGGGGGAGAGAGGGAGAGAGGGAGAGAGAGAGAGAGAGAGAGAGAGAGAGAGAGAGAGAGAGAGAGAGGAGGAGACCAGAGUACCGCGUACAGGCGCUGGAUUCGCAGCAACACAUCGGAGAGUCGCGGAGAAAACACUCACCGACAGAGAAGCAUAAAAACAGGAGGAACUAAUCCGGACGGAGCAUCCUUCAACCCAUCGACAGACCUGUUUGCGGCUGCAGAGAUGGGUGUCACCUCUCGUCCUCUGCUAUUGGUUUGCGCGUAUUUGGCGGCGGCGCUGAUUGGAGGGACCCGCUCGGAGGGCGUGUGUCUCCAAGACGGCAAGCAUAAGGCCGCGCCCGGCCCGGAGCCGCACCUGAGGGAGUGCGGGCUGUACGCUGACAAUAGCUGCUGCACAGAAGAAGACAUCCAGGAUAUCUCCCAUGUGCCCUCUGAUGUCAACAAGAACAAGCCCUGGGACAAGUGCGGCCCCCUGAGCUCUGAGUGCGAAGGCUUCCUGAAGCGCGUGUCGUGUUUUUAUCGCUGCUCCCCCGAUGCCGCGCGUUGGCCUCACCCCCACCGCCGCUCUUACAUCCAGGCCGUGCCACUCUGCCACAGCUUCUGCCGUGAUUGGUUUGACGCCUGCAGGAUGGACAUGACGUGUGCUCGUAACUGGGCCAAAGACCCCAGGGGACAUAACUGCACUGGAACAUGUGUUCAGUAUCAGCAGAUGUACCAGCACGGCAGGGACCUCUGCGAGAGCCUGUGGGGGGACGCCUUCAUGACCGUGGAGGACGAGCCGGAGGAUGCCGGAGAGGUCGGAGCGGAGGGCGCCGGUGGUCGCCCCUGCGGCUGCCUGACCCUCAGUCCCUCGGACAAGGACGUGAUCGCCGCACUCAGGGCCCAGCAGGACGACCCGGAGGAGCUGGACACCACCAAGGCCGGCCUGCCUCAGUACCGCGCCCCGUGCCAGACCAAGCUGCCCCUGCCGGCCAGGAGCGGCAGGAAGGGCAACUCCGUGCUGCGCAAGCGCUCCGUCAUGGUGGAGGACGUGGAGGGGAGUGGGAGCGGCUUGUAGGGAGGAGCGGUAGGCGGCAAUAUAUUUAGAGAUCGUUGUCUAGAUCCUAAUCUCUUGAAACGGAGUUGUAACCUCGCUCAUCUAACUAACCUUACCACACAGACCUAAACUGGCAUUAUCAUUAUUAUUCUACAUGCAAUCUCUAUGGUUUUAAAUAACAAUAUACCUGGUAUAAGAUAGACUGACAAGCUUGCAACACUCUCAAUAAACACCUGGUUAUUUAUUUGAACAACCUAAAUUACCAGGAUUUAAAAAAACAACAAAUAUCACUAAUAGGCAACAUCCUUAAUUCUGCAAGGGCUCUGACUUCAAUAAUACAAAUAUUGAUUAUAUCCCAUAACGGCUGCACAAAAGUGAAGAUUUUUUUAUUUCAGAAGUCAGGUAUUUUCUUUGCUUUGUAAUGCUCUGUAAAACGCAUCGCUGACAUUUUGAUAUGAGGCUGUUGAAGUCCCAACAGCGUCAGCGCUUGUGCACGAAUCAAACGCGUCGUCAGUAACCAGAGGACUUUUCAUGGCAGUAUCGUAAAACACAAUGUUCCCGCAACCAGUACUCCACCGACCCCGCUUCUCUUCUCAACCAUUCUAUAGGUGACUUUUAAUCUGUGCGCUAGUCAGUUGUUUAAAAGCAGAUCUCGCCGUUGUGAUGCCGUAUCGUGCAGUUCUACAUGUCAUAAGGUCUAUGAUAGCGGAGAAGGCCACGCAGAGUAAAGAUAAUAAUAAUGAAUGUAGCUUUCUACCAGAGAUUACUGGCCCUGAACGCGAGGGAUCGGGUAUGAUAACGACAACGGAGAGGCACGCGUAAUGCCUGAGCGGAGGUUUAAUACUCUGCCCGCCACAGUAAAUCCGCAGAGGCAGCGUUCAUACCAAUGAAGGUUGCUCUGGUAGUUUGAGCACGUUGUAUGUCGCCAAUGUACCGUGGAUGUUUCUUUUAUAAUUACAGCGUGUAUUCUUUUUUUUUUUUAGAGCGAGGCACUGUUAGAUGUACGUGUUUUGUAAAAAAAAUGAAAUAAAUAAAAGGGAAACUGAGUUGUCAGAUUUACGGUAAACUUGCUGAGAUGGGUGUUUGCUGUGCUUUACGUUCUCAAUAAAGACAAUAUUUCUAAAUGCCAA